AGGGCCCGGUGCCGAGCAGUGAGCGGCGGCCGCCCGGUGGGACCGGCCUCGACACAGAGCCGCACCAGAGCGCGUUCAGUGCCGCCGCACGCCGCACGGUUCGCUCUGCAGACGCGCGCGCACUCGCUCGCUCUCCCCGUCUCUCGCCUGCACAGGAUAUGGAGCUUCAUCGGCCACUCUUCGCUCUGAUGGUGUUGCUGCUGGCGUACGUCUGCCAAUCAGCGCCCGUGGACGAUGGCAGCGGAUUGGAGCAGGUCCGCCCCGGCCUGACCGUCUACAGAGCCUACGGACAGUCGCGCAGUCUCCAACUGAAUGAUACCGCCGCCACCGAGUCGGAGGCGGAGGCGGCGUCUGCAGAGGCUGCCCAGCCAUCGGAGGAGCCCAGUCCACAGGAGACGGACUCGGCAGAAGGCGCCGCGGAGAAGGCCAGCUCUCAGACGGCGCCGGGAGCCAGCGGGGCGCCGCCCACCUCCGCCGAGCCGGAGGUAGUCAUCCAGGAGACACCCACCAAGAGCCAGGAGGAGGCAGAGGCCGAGUCGGUGGCUGCCGACGAGCCCCCGAGCUCCGCAGAGGCUGUCCCCGCCGAGGCCACUGCUUCUGAGGACGCUGCUGCACCUGCCGCUCCCGAGCUGACUGAGCGGGAGACGGAACCCACCCAGCAGGAGGCAGAACCUGCCCAGCAGGAGACGGAACCCACCCAGCAGGAGGCAGAACCCGCCCAGCAGGAGGCAGAACCCGCCCAACAGGAAGAGGCACUCAGCCAGGAGCCGCCUCAGUCCAUCCCCGAGCAGGCGGAGGAAAUUGUCACCGCGGAGGCGGACCUGGAACAGGCCAAGGCCGCCGAAAGCAAUGCCAUCGACGGCUCCGAUGUCGCCAGUGAGGUCACUCCGGACGAAUCUCCGGUGGUUGCCGCUGAGGUCGACGCCGACCCCAUCAAAGUAACCGUCUCCACGGCUGUUUCCGGGGCCCCGGUCGGUGAGAAUGAGGAUGUCACAGGCGCCGUCGAGCCCGACGUGACAGCAGAGAGCGCUGGAGAGGAGCAGAUGGCUCCUGAGGCGGUUCCCGCCACCGGUGAGGAAGACGUGACUGCAUCGGUCGCAGAACUUCUGGGCGGCGAGGAGACUCUUGAAGAAAUAGUCGCCUCUGAGAAGGCUGCUGCCGAGACUGGUGUAGCCGCCGAAGUGGCUGAUGGAGCUGCUGAAGCGGCCGAUGGAGCUGCCGAAGUGGCUGAUAAAGCCGCCGAAGUGGCUGAUGUAGCUGCUGAAGUGGUUACCGAGGUGGCUGAUGGAGCUGCUGAAGUGGCCGAUGUUGCUGCUGAGGUGGCUGCCCAAGUGGCUGCCGAGCCCGCUGUGAGCUCUGAGGGGGUAUCCGUGCUGGUCGAGGCUCCUCAGACCGAGGACACGAAAGAGUACACCGUGCAGACGAGCGUGAGCGACGCCGUGGACUCGACGGUAGCGGAGGUCAGCGACCUCAGCUCAGCGGAGGCGGUGGACAGUGCGGGGACUGAGGAGGAGCUGGCACUUGUCCAGUCCGUCGGCAGUGACCCCGCCGCCGCCGCUGCUGAGUCGUCUGACCCAGAGCCAGUGUCGGCCGCCCCGGCGCCACCCGCGCCGGCUGAGGAAGAGGAGGAGGACAUUCUGGCGGCCGUGUUGUAGAUCGGGUGUAUAUUUUAUUUUAUUAUUUACAGACAGUGGUACAAGUUUCACCUUUAACAAAACCCAUGUGACAAGAUACAAUUGUCAAAUAUCCCUUUGACCGGAAUUUGCGCAUGACUGGCGCCUUGUUGGACACUGCAGCCGAGCAGUGUGUGACCUAUCGUCGCAGGGACACACCGGUCCAAUAGAUGGCGUCCCGGUCGGGCACCCGAUCCCGUCUCUCGCACCUGCUCAGGGGGCGCCACGGGGCGGCUGUCGCGGCUGUGCCGAACCGAUGGUGCGCUGACUGCUGGCGAUUUCAACGAACGUAGCACGCUCGUCGAUCGCGCAGUGAAUAUGUGGCGUCUGACUAAGCAAAGGCACCGCUUUCCAGCUGCCUGCGUGGGCAUUGCAACAGCUGGAAUGGUGGAUGCGAAAAUGUCACUCAUGCAUGGUUAUAGGAAAUAAAAAUCACUGCGCACAUG